AUGGCAGCUCCGUCAGGGUCGCGGUACGGGGACAGUGACAGUAACAGUAACAGCACUGGUAUGGAGGGCUUCCCCUUCCCUCCACCUGUCAAACCGCCUGGAGAAAGUUCAGAAAAAGAACAGGGCGUGAAAAAGAAGCCGUGUCGAGCGUGUACAGAUUUUAAGUCAUGGAUGAAAGUUCAGAAGAAGCAGGCUGCCCCAGGUAACCCAGCACAGGAGACUCAGGUGGCUGAGGAGAAGCUGGUGGAGUGUCCCCUGGACAGGGAGGAGCUCGGGAGGAGUUCAUGGUCUUUACUCCACACUAUGGCUGCCUACUACCCUGAUACUCCCAGCACAUCCCAGCAACAAGAGAUGAGCCAGUUUAUCAACCUGUUCUCAAAGUUCUUCCCAUGUGACGAAUGCGCUGAGGACCUGAGAACAAGAUUGAAAACAAACCAGCCAGACACCAGCAGCCGCCACAACCUCUCACAAUGGAUGUGUCGUCUCCAUAAUGGCAUCAACAUCCGAUUAGGCAAGCCAGAGUUUGACUGCAGCAGAGUGGACGAGCGGUGGAGAGAUGGCUGGAAAGAUGGCUCUUGUGAUUGACACUGACAUGCCCUCCACAGCUGAUUCACUGGAAAACACAAAACAGAACCAUCAGCUGCUUUGAACUUUUUGCCUUGGGCUAUAAUAACUGUUGUUGGAAGCGGCUAUUGUGUCUCAUAUACCUGAUAUGUUGUACAUGAUGUUAUACAUAUUGCUGCUGUACACAGGCUUGUUGACUACUAAGACCAACAUGAAAUUUAAACAAAAUAAUCAGCUAUUAUGACUUUCUUUACAACCAGCUUGGUCAAGAACUGGUUUACCAAAAUAUAAGUAUUUUGUAGCUUGGAUGACCAGAUUUCAACCACAUUGACCAUCUAAAACAUGGCAGACCUUUUGAUUGCAGCUCAAUAUUUGACAGUUGUCCCAAUUUGACCCGUUUCCUCCAACAUAACAUUUAUAAUGCUAUUCUUUUGUCGUUUUUCACUUUUUAAUGUGAAUAUGGAAGUGGUUCUUAACAUUAAAUCUAAACCUCAUUUAGAAAUGAAAUGUUGAAAUGUUCCAAAGUUGGAAUAGCUUUGUAUCUUGACUUUCACUGAAAGUUAAGGAAGUUUUUUUUCUCCUGUAAACAAAACGUUUUGGAGAUACCAAAUUUUUGUGUCAGCAACAAUAUGUACAACUUUGGCCCACUAUAGUUAUGAUUAUAUUUUUAGUGAUGUGCUCAUAUUUGUAAUUCUGAGUCUAUUUGCUUGUAAAGAUAAUGAAUCAUAUAGAACUGUUAUUUUUAUUGUCCAUGUCCUCAAAAUGGCAUUGAUGAGAAUAAGCCUUGUCACAGUGUUAUUGUGGUCUGUCACAUUCAACAAUCUGCAAUAAAGGAAGUGAUAUAUCAGGUAUAA